GACCUGAGAAGUCAAUUAAAAUGUCGUCAAUCCGUCGACCACAAACAAGACGUGAACAUGAGAACCCUGACAGUCCUCCUCCUCCUCCUACUUCUCUUCCUCCAGCGCCUUGACUUAUCCUCCACGACGGCUAAAGCUUCGGCGGAGACAAGUGGCGCCUUGACACGUUACCUGAGCGAGGGGAGGCAAGGCGGCGCGAGGAAUCACCGCUGACAUUUCCUCGCCUUCUGCUGCGUUACCCGGCGAGUGAAUGUAUACAAAUUUAAAGCGUCUAGUCCCUCUUCGCUAUUCCGGCUCCAUCAGGCACUUUGUUCGUCCAGCCUGGCAGCUCCUCCUCCUCCUCCUCCUCCUCGUGCCUAUCCUGUGACAACCUGAACCCACCUGAUCUUAAGGGAUAUCAUAUUAAAUUGUGAGCUUGUUGGCAAUCAGAGAGGUGCCACAGGCUGGCGAGGAGAGGAUGGGCCAGGGGGAGGGGCAUUGGUGGUGGUGGUGGUGGUGGCGGUGGUGAGGUGUGCUGGAUGAUAAUAAUCGUGUGUCCCUUUGGUGGUGUUGGUGUUGGUGGUGAUGGUGGUGGUGGUGGCGGUGGUGGUGGUGGGGCGAGUGGUGCGGGUCAAGGGGACAUCAGUAGCCUGACCAAUACCGCCGCUUCAUAAUCAUUAAUCAGGUGGCAAAUAAAUGAUGGCCACAUGUUCGCUUUGGAAGUAAUGAGCAUCUAAUAAUUUGUCACCUGGCGCGGCUCGGGUUGACUGAUUGCCAUAUUUUCCACCUUUAUUUACCUGGAGCCUCGCGGCGCGGCGUGGCGGGGCUCGGGGCUGCCGCCGCAGGGCACCGCCAGGGUUUUGUGCAAUAUUUCACCACGAUAUUGUUUAAUCCAAAGAGGUAAAUCAAAAGACGGUUAAUCUCUCGCUAAUGAAGGUAAUGAGCGCCAAAAUGACCCGAGAAGAGUCUAAUGUGGUGAGGGGCUCCCGGGGCCCGCAGGCUCCUCCCACCGCCGCCCGGACGAGCCCUGCUGGAGGAGCCACGCAAGGGGCGGUACCGGUGUGCGCGGCACGCCUGCCAUUGGCCGGGCGUGGAUGGUGGGCGCGGCCAGAGGGACGGGCGGGUGGGAUGGGGAGGCGGCCAUCACAGAUCUCUAGCCAGCGGCGCGAACGGAAGGCAGCAGUCAGUCGAGCGCGAGCGUGGUGCACGAUAAGUUGUGUAGCGAACCUGCGAGCUGGGACCUCACGCCCGACGCUGUAGUGGCAACCAUGACUGUGGAAGUGUGCUCCAGGGUGGGCGUGCGGGUGUCGGCCGCCCCCGGGGCCAUCAAGGACGAGUCGCAGCCCGGAGGUGGCACGUCCCCUGCUCACGAGACCUCAGAGGCGCCCACUCCCAGACCCAAGUUCAUGAUCACAGACAUCCUCGCCCAACACAAGCCACCCACUUCCACCCAGAGUGAGGGCUCGGCGCCGCCCACGCCCACUAUAGAGGAGCCCAAGGACCUCAGCCUCACACGGACACACGCCGAGGACGACGACAUAGACCUGGAGGGCGACGCGAGCCACGACGAGGAGGACCACGGGGAAGCAGAACACGCCGAGGUGUGCUCAGACAGCUCUGGGCCGCCGCCGUGCAAGAAGCAGCGGAAGGCGCGCACGGCCUUCACCGACCACCAGCUGCAGACGCUGGAGAAGAGCUUCGAGCGGCAGAAAUACCUGAGUGUGCAGGACCGCAUGGAGCUGGCGGCCAAGCUCAACCUGACCGACACGCAGGUCAAGACCUGGUACCAGAACAGACGGACCAAGUGGAAGCGGCAGACAGCCGUGGGCCUGGAGCUGCUGGCCGAGGCAGGGAACUACGCGGCGGUGCAGCGCAUCUACAGCGCGCCCUACGGCUGGCCCUACCCGCCCCAGUCCUCUUCAGCCGCCGCAGCCGCUGCUGCCGCCGCCGCUCUCAGCCCCGCCGCCGCCUCUGUCGAUCUGUACUACCGUCAGGCCGCCGCUGCCGCAGCCUUACAAAAACCCCUGGCCUACCGCCUGUACCCACCAGGCCUGCCCAUCCUGCCGCCCCUCCACUCCGACCCCCUGAGGGACGCACUGCGGCCCGAGGCGCUGCGGCCAGAGACCAUCCGGCCAGAGGCGCUGCGACCAGAGCUCCGCCACGACGCCCUCAGACACGAGAUGUUGCGGCAGGACCUGAGGCCUGAGACUCUCCGGCCAGAGGCGCUGCGGCCCGACGUGCUGCGCUCCCUCGCCUCCUCCAUGGCGGGCACGUCGCCGCUGGCAGGCUCCUCCCUCACAGUGACUGCCUCCCUCCCCUCCUCGCCCCUUACCUCCCCCCUCACCUCCUCGGCCUCCCCCUCCCCGCUGUCCUCCGCCGGGCCGCUGCCGCCCUACUACCGCUCCGAAGCGGCGUCCCAAGUUUAAGCCUCCCAGCCUGGUGGCUCCCUCCUCCCAUCACCAUCACCACAUCGUCACCAUUCAUCUCAUCACGUGCAUCACCCUCACCGUCGCCCGUCGCCGCUCAUCGCCCCGCCACCGCGGCCUGUACAUAGCUGUGUGACCAGUGCUCAGUGUACAUAACGACAAUUACUGUGAAUGCAUCGUCCACCACUUUGUGGCCCGGGUGUCCCUGCCGCCCUGUGCCCUCCUCUCCUCACUCCCUGGCGUGGAGCAGGAAGCAAAGCCGCUUCCCGCCCCACACGCCCCUGCCGCCCUGUGUUCUCCCCGCCGCCUUCGUGCUGUGCUGCCGUCCACGCACAGCACCCGCCACCCACCACUGCACCCACCCACCUCAAUGUACCCAGGGUAGGAAACUCUCUCUCUCUCUCUCUCUCUCUCUCUCUCUCUCUCUCUCUCUCUCUCUCUCUCUCUCUCUCUCUCUCUCUCUCUGUCACGCAUCGCAGUACAACGCACGAUAUCAUUAAUAAAUACUCUUAUUUGUAAAAUUGCUGUACAAACAAACACAUUGGCCAUAAAUGUGAUAUUACCAUUUAGUUUGCCGCCCUGCGUGUGUCAGGUGUACAGAAGGCAGGUGUGGCGCAUAGGUGUAGUCACGUAGGUCCUCAGAGUUCCCAGGAGCAGGUGUGUCGCCCGCCGCCAUCUCUCGCUCCUUGUAUUUUGAUGUAAAGUUAAUAAAAUAAACUUACAGGUGUUU